AUGUCCUCCCUGCAUGCUUCGUACCUGACUCUCCGACGGAGGAUACGUCGGAGCCGGCUCCUCCGCAUAUUCCUCUUCGUAUUUUUCGCAUGGAAUCUAAUUGAGCUCUACGUGAUCAUCCAACGCAUAUCCGAGGUCGACCUCAUAUACCGCGACCAGCCGCGCCGGAAGGAACGGAUCUACAUCGCCGGCGUAAAUUGGAACAAUGAACCCAUUUUACGCAGUCAUUGGAACCAGGCGCUUCUGAAUCUCGCCUGGAAACUUGGCCCGGAUAACAUCUACGUUAGCAUUUAUGAGAGCGGGAGCUAUGACAAUACCAAGGGCGCAUUGAUGGAGCUCGAUCUAGAGUUGGAACGUCUUCAGGUACCACGUACAAUUAUCUUGUCACCGGUGACGCAUGAGGAUGAGAUGGCCGCGACACCGGGAGAAGGUUGGGUUCAAACUCCCAAAGGCGAUAUGGAGUUGCGACGAAUCCCGUACUUGUCACGCACCCGAAACAUGAGCCUAAAGCCACUGGAAGAAUUGGCAAAACAGGGUGUCACAUUUGAUAAGAUCUUGUUCCUCAAUGACGUCGUGUUCACGCCAAAUGAUGUGUUCGAAUUGCUAGAUACUAAUGACGGCAGCUAUGCCGCCGCUUGCUCGAUGGACUUUGCCAAACCUCCCAGCUAUUAUGAUACGUUCGCUCUCCGCGACGCCAGCGGCCAUGAGGCCAUGAUGACCACAUGGCCAUUCUUUCGCGAUGCGACAUCUCGAAAGGCCGUAAAAGACCUCUCUCCAGUUCCUGUUCAAAGUUGCUGGAACGGUAUGGUUGCAAUGCCUGCCGCUCCCUUCACUGCGAGCCCCCCUCUGCGAUUCCGCGGAAUCCCAGACUCUCUCGCUUCCUCACAUCUAGAAGCCUCUGAGUGUUGUCUCAUUCACGUGGAUAACCCACUAUCUAAACAAGAUGGCGUUUUCAUGAAUCCGCUCGUUCGAGUUGGGUAUAGUGGUCCGGCCUAUACAGCUGUGAAUCCCACCGCGAAAUGGCUUUCGGCGCGUGCUAUCUUACAAGGACUGUGGGUAAACAGGCUGCGCCGAUGGACAACAACCACCUGGUUGAAAGAUAAGGUGGUGCAGUAUCGCAUGGAUCGCUGGUCCCUUUUGAGUCCGGAAAAUCGAGAACCGGGGAAGUCCUGCGUUAUCAAUGAGAUGCAGGUCUUGCAUCCUUGGGGAUGGGAUCACAUUUAA